AUGAAACCGGAUUCAAACAAAACUCUUUGGGGUUUAUUAGUGAUAUUUACUAGUGUGUUGACAAUUUUUGUGACAACUUAUGUUAGUGCUUAUACAAUAAAUACCUAUAAUCAUUCUGAAGGAGAUGCUUACAUCUCACCAAUAGGAUAUUUUACGCUUAUAGAUGGAAGUCAAUUGCUUCGAUUUUAUCGUCCACUUAACAAUGGAAAGUGUAAUGAACCAGAUUUACACAUAAGACUUCUACAUGUGAAUGGGACAAUGACACCUCUUGUUGUUCAAAACUUUUCGAUUCCAAAGUUUAAUUUUUGUCGAGUAGAUACGGAUGUAUUAUCAUCUGAUUAUAUCAUAGUAACCAAUCUUGGCAGGAAUAAUUUAUUUUACAUACUAUACUAUAAUAUAUCUGAUACCGACUAUAGUCUACCAUUUGGAAGAUUUAUUGCUGAAGUGGAUUUAGAUGGAAAUAUAUUAGGCAAAAAUUGGCUCGGUCACAAUAAUUACUAUAAUGGUAGUAUAGUUGGACGAUUAGGAAAAUUUAAAUUUAUUUUUGAUUCGUCCGAUACAUUUUAUUAUAUGAAAUUAGCUGAUAUUCAUGAUCCUGAUACUUUGGAGUGGCAAAAGUUUAAAAUAACUCCUACUGGAAGACUCCAAAAAGGAGAAAGUGGAUUAAUAUCUCGUAAAGAUUUAAAUCUUCAAUAUAAUAAUCCUAUAUAUUCAUUUUUAACGAUUGAUAGUGGACUUGGAUUUAAUGAAAAAAAAUUAACUGAACCAUUUAUUAUUUAUCAAACAUCCACUCCAAAUUUAUCUAUGAAUUUUGCAAUGUGUUCAGUAGAUGAUAAGUCGUCGGGCUGGUAG